AUGGAAACAAAUGUCAAGAAAAAGAAUGUGAACAAAACUUUUAGUAUUCUAUCAAGUGCUGAAGUGUCUCCAGCACCUUGCCUUUAGGUCGUUUCACCAUCUAAUGUGCCAAAUCAUCCCAGAAGUUUUCCCAAAGUAGUACAUCUAGAAGCUGCAACCCAGAAAAGGUGACUAGGCACUGCAAUAGUAUCACAAUAGUCAAAUUGUUCAGACAUGUCUCAGACACCCUUCGCAAGAAGACCUCCCUUCAAGGUAUGUUACAUCUGUGGCAGAGAAUUUGGGUCACAUUCUAUUGCUAUACAUGAACCUAAGUGCCUAGAGAAGUGGCACAUUGAGAACGAUCAGCUACCAAAGCACCUUAGAAGGCCAGAGCCCAGGAAACCUGAGGUCCUUACUGGUUGUGGUUCCUAUACAUUUACAGAUGAAAAUGAAGCAGCUUAUUAUAGUGCUCAAGCCCAGCUUGUGCCCUGUAGAAACUGUGGCCGAACCUUUUUUCCCGACCGUCUCCCUGUGCACGAAAGGUGUUGCAAAGGAGGCAGCAGCCGUGCAAGGCAACCAAGCGCUACCGCUGGUAAAUAUGGUAAAGCACCAAGAUUUGGAACUGGCUCAGGAAGUGGUGAACCAUCUAAGGCCCGUCAAGGAACGAGCAGGGCUGCACCAGCUGUAUCAGACCAGGCAAAAGUGAUAAGACGACCACCAACAGUGAUUUGCUACAUAUGUGGCCGUGAGUAUGGAACAAAAUCUAUUAGUAUACAUGAGCCACAAUGCCUGAAAAAAUGGCACCAGGAGAAUGACAACCUCCCCAAGCACAUGAGAAGGCCAGAACCCAAAAAGCCAGAAGUCAGAACUGUGCAAGCCAAAGGUUUCUAUGAUCUUGAUGCUUUAAAUGAGGCUGCCUGGACCAGCGCCCAAGCCCAGCUAGUUCCAUGUGAUAUUUGUGGGCGUACUUUUCUUCCAGACAGACUGAUCGUCCACCAGAGGUCCUGUAAACCGAAACCUGCAAAGUGA